AGAGACAGAAGGAGAAGACUUGGGGGGGUUUUGAAUUCGAUUGAAUAAUACGAAGAUCUGUCUCUCCGUCCGAGAGGAGAGAGAGAGAGAGAGAGACCCCAUUCCUGCUGUACAAUCCCCACAAGGAGGAGAGAGAGAGCCUGUAAUCAUGCCAUCAGGUGCCAAGAAGCGAAAAGCUGCCAAGAAAAAGAAGGAGCAGGAAACCCACAACGGCGCAUCCAAUCCUCCUCCUCCUCAAGGAAGUAAUGAUGAGAACUCCCAAGAUAAGGGAGUGCCUAGGGAUGCGGAGGCUGUUCAGAAAGUUGGAAUUGAGAGGGAACUGAAAGACGAUUCUGGGAGCAAAGAUGUGGUUAUUGAGGAUGCUAAGUCUGCAAAGGGAUCAUCUAACGGGGACGACAGAAGCUCUAGCAGUAGUAGUUCAGAUGAAGAGUCUCGAGUUGUCGAUAGAAGGCGAAGGGAGGAUACCUAUGCUUCAGUUUCGGAGGAAAAAAAUCAUAAUGAAGAUGCACCAGCUGGGAAGACUACAAGUUCAGCUACUACCGAGGGUGCCCCUUCUGUUGAUUCUGUUAAGCAUGAGGUUUCUGUCACAGAAAGUCCGCUAGAUGAAAGUGGAGCAAUCUCCAAUGAUGUAGUAAAUGCGGGGUUAGAGAAUAGUACAGAGACAUCACUGCCUAUUGGGGAUCCUGUAUCAAAGAAAACUGAGGAUAAAUCAUUGCCAUUACUGAAUGAUACUGCCAAGGCAUCUUCAAGUGUGGUGGAAUCUGCGUCUAAAGAAAAUGAGAGUAAAGCAUUGCCAUCAUUAGGUACUUCUCUGGCCCAAGUUAGUAAUGAUGCUGAACCCAUCAAAGAUGCUGAACCCAUCAAAGAUACUGAGGUUCCAGAAUAUUCUGAAAAGCAGCCUCUGAUAGCUCCGGCCCCACCCGUGGCGCAAAAAUCAUCUUGGCUUAGCUGCUGUGGAAUUCUGGAUGCGAUAGCAGGCUCCGGUAGAUGAGUUCAG